AUGUCAUAGGUGGCAUUGAAGACUAUAUAUACUGCCCAUGAUUCCUUUCAUCGCAAUUCAUUAUCAUCAUCAAUAACAGACCAAUAAACAAUACAACUCAAACUCUUCAGAUACCCUCUAUCACAUACCUUAUCAACAAACUCUAAACACAUCCAAACUCAACAGAACCUAUAACGAGUUAUCUCCACAGCAAGUCAGCAACCAACUCAACCAUCACAACUUCAACAACUCAAAUCACUUCAAAACCACAAAACCACAACUGCAAUCACAAUGUGUCUCCCCUUCCGAAGAAGCCAACCCCGCUAUAGCUCCGGCGGCGGCGGAAUGAUGGGUGCUCGCCCAGUCAAGGUAGUUCACCACCAUCACCAUGGUGGAGGUCGCAUGGGUGGAGGCAUGGGAGGCGGCGGUAUGAUGGGAGGAAUGGGAGGUGGACGACGCAUGGGUGGAGGCAUGGGAGGCAUGAUGGGCGGUGGUAGAAGAAUGGGAGGACGACGAUGCUAGGCGCAGCAACGACAAUUGAGACCGCCUGGACGUCAAUGCCAGGUGCAGCAACGGAAAUUGAGACAGGCUGGACGUCGAUGUUAGAAGAUGAAUUCUUGUAUUACUAAAGCGAUGGUAUGAAUCAACGAUUAAGAGACACCUUUUAUGCGAAAUAGAUGUAUCCCUUCAACUCUGCUGUUACGAAUUCCGAUAUCAUUCUUGCCUAUCUCGCAAAGAAUUAAGUGAUGAACUUGAGUGGAGUAUUAAUUCGAGAAAAGUCAGUACUAUCCGACAUUGGCCCUCGGAUGGCUGUUACCACACUAUCAUUGUCUCC